GUGAGUAGCAAUGGAUAGCAACAACAGCAGCAGCAACAACUAAAAUUAGCUGGCAUUUGCCCCAGAAACCACCGCAUGAAUGUAUUUGUGAAGCCGGUCUCUGGCGCUGAACGUCCUUCCAUUGUCGACGAAAAUGACACCGAGAUGACUCACCAGUGGCUUGGACAUCUGUGAUUUGACAGAAGAUGAGGCUUGCAGAGCUUGUCAGACUUGUCAUUGCAUGUAAUGAAUGCUACUGUAGGCACAUAAACCACAUUUGCAUGGACAGCAAACUAUAGUGAAUCAUGUUUGUUGCUUUUUGCACAUCACACUCACUAAAAGAACGAACCACAUAAAUUUAUCAUCAUUUAGUUUGUUUUGAAUGGCUUUCAGUUGAUAACCAGUGCUGACCAUGUCACUGGGCGAGCAGUCUCAAAAGUGGUUUCCAACCCAUGUCCAAGCCACUGUUCUUCAAGCAACCGGUUUACAGCCCAAGGGCAAAAAUGGCACCAAUGAUGCCUACACUAUCAUCCAGCUGGGCAAAGAAAAGUACUCAACAUCAGUGGCAGAGAAAACACUAAACCCUGUCUGGAGGGAAGAAGCCUCUUUUGAAUUACCUGGUUUACUUUUGGAAGGCAACCCAGAAGUAUAUGAACUCUGCCUUAUAGUGAUGCAUCGGUCCUUGGUUGGGAUCGACAAGUUCCUGGGUCAAAGGUCCAUCAACCUGAAUGAAAUCUUCGAUAACAAGGAGCGAAAGAAAACUGACUGGUAUUCCUUGGAGUCCAAGCCAGGGAAGAAGAAGAAAGAGCGGGGCCGCAUCCAAGUCAGCAUCCAGUUUAUGAGGAACAACAUGACAGCCAGCAUGUUUGACCUCUCCAUGAAGGAAAAGCCCCGCUCCCCUUUUUCCAAACUGAAGGACAAAAUGAAGGGUCGCAAACAUGACAGCGGCAUUUGUGACACAUCGUCAGCCAUCCUGCCUCGCUCUGCCAUGUGUGACUCGGAGCCCAACCGUCAGUCCGUCGUCCCAGAACCACAGCCCCAGCCUGAAGCGAAGGUCAAGAGACCACUACUGGCUGGUACCCAUAAACUCUCUGCGGCCCAUUCCAUGUCAGAUCUCAUUGGGACCCACUUUCGGCCCAAGCUGGACUCCAUGAACUCCAUAGAAGAGAGUGGGAGUGCAGGCGGCCCUCACAGGCGUUCCCAGAGCGAGGUGCCAGGCUACCAGGAUGGCGAGGCACACAGUGACCCUUUCACUGAUAUCAGUGACACCCUGCCACAGAAGUAUGCCACGCUCCCACGCAACCGCAACCCGUUUGAGGGGGAGCACGGGCAGCUGUGGGACCGGCCAGAGCGGAAGGAGAAAAAGGAGAAGGUCAGCCUACUGGAACGUGUGACGGGAAAGAAGGAGGGCCGCAAGACCAGCAACGGGGGCCGUUCGGGCAGCUCCGGAGACCUGCGUUCCCCCAACCCCUUUAGUGGAGACUCACAAGCAGACACUAACCCGUUCAGCUCGAGCUACAAAACCAGUGAUAAAAAGUCAGCGAGAAGUGAAGACAUCAGCUUUGGCCAGAAGAAGAAGGACAUCUAUGUCAAGAAAAAUGAGACGAAACAGGAAAGCGUGGCCGCCUAUAGCAACUUGUCCUUCGAGGAGGUCGUGCAGGAACUCAUCAAGCAGAAAGAAGUGGUGAAAAAGAAAGACGCCCACAUCAGGGAGCUGGAAGACUACAUCGAUAACCUACUAGUGCGCGUCAUGGAGGAGACGCCGAGCAUUCUUCGGACGCCCUAUGAGCCAAAAAAGAAGGCGGGUAAACUUUGCAAAAAGUAGAGAAAAGACACAGGAUGAAAAGUUACUAAUGAAGGUUUAGCUGUAGCUCAUGUAUCAGUAUCGUACGGUAAAAUAGGAGGGAACAAGUGGGAUUGAUCCAAGCCAAAUUUCUGAUCUACUUACGUCUUUGCUUUAAAACGUUUGUAUUCAGUGGAUGUAGUUUUUAUAGACUUUUUUCAAUUUUUUGGUUAUUUUAGUUCAUUCGGGGGGUUUUCUUUGCCUUCUUUGUUUGGCAGAAAUCUCAUUCCAGUAUAUUCAGUUUUAAAUUACUUCAUGAAUACUUGUGCAUUUUUUGGUGCUUAAACAGGAUAAGAAAAAAAAUAAUUGGUUGAUUAAAGUCAAAUCAAAUCCAUAUUUUUGACAAAGGUUAGAUUUAGCUCUAUUGAAUGCACUUGUGAACCCACAGAGGUCUGCUGCACACACAGCUGCUGUCAUCUGGCCAAAAGCUUUUAAGGUGCAAAUGCAGCCAAAUUCAUGUUUACCAGAUGCUGUAGUCGCAGUUGUGUGCCGUUUGCUGAAAGACGGUCAAGUGGAUAAAAUGAAGCUGUAGUUAUUGUGUUUACACUCACGUACGAGUCUUAACCUUGCCACCUAAACUACGAAACACACUUAGAAGAGGCAGCAUCGGCGAGCCUUGUUCCGAGCCUCUUCUGCGCUCUCCUACAUAAUAGCCUGAGUGAUUCAUGGGUAUUAUUAGAAAGGCUGGAGGUGGUUUUCGGUAAGAAGUUACUGGACAGUAUCUGGGAGUCUGGUUUCUUUCUAGCUCACUGAAUCAUGCUUUUUUUUUUCAAAAAACGAACAAAUGUACAUUCCUAUCAUGAGUAACUGUCUUUCCAUUCUUUAUUUGUGAUGACUAUCAUUUAAAGGUCCAGUGUGUAGGAUUGAGGCACAUCUAUUGGCAGAAAUGCAAUAUGAUAUUCAUAAGUGUGUUUUCAUUAGUGUAUAAUCACCUGAAAAUAAGAAUUGUUGGGUUGUCGUUACCUCAGAAUUAACUCUUUAUAUCUGCAGAGGGAGUGGGUCCUCUUCGGCGAGUCCACCAUGUUUCACUGGCAUGUUUCUGUAGUAGCCGACUAGGACAAACCAAUCACUAUGGACUCGCCUUUCGCGUUUUUUUCCCAUGUUUCACAGCCACCGUAGAUCCUCCUACAUGUUUUGAAAACGAUAAGUGAGCUGGACGGUAUUCAGCUGGUUGCAAUCUGCAACCUCACCACUAGAUGCCAGUAAAUCCUCCACACCGGACCUUUAAGUUUCUUGGACCAAGGGUCUCACCAUCGCUCUCUGAAGGUGGUCAUUUUACUGACUUUAAGUGCAAUAAUCAUAACUUGAGUAUCUUGCUUUAUGUUCUGCUGGUAGUGUUCUCGUUUACAUUUUAAUCACAUUUUUGAUUCACUGGUAAGCUGGGAGGUCUUUGUUGCAGCCGACACAAGUUGUUCAGCCUUCAUCUCGUUCAUUUACAGUUUUUGCUGAAGAUUGUAUCAAUGGUACCUAGCGGCACAUGUAGAUAUAUGCUGUACAAUCUUUAUUUAUAAAUGUGUCAUAGAGCAUUUACAUAUAAACAUUAUUUUAAUGUAUUUAUACGGUACUUUAUGGUAAAAACGCUACUGUAUCCCUCACCCCCUCCCUCACCCCCAUUCUACUGUAUUAACACUGUAGAGUUUGUACAAAUCCCAAACAAAAUUGGCUCAUUUGAGGACUCAUGUAUUAACUUAUCUCAUGUAUUAACUUAUCUUAAUUAUCUUACUGAUACCGUUUUUAUAUGUAAUUCCCAUCAGCAUUAAUAUCGGUUUACCUUCAAUGAAAUACUUAUCACAAAUUAAUUAUGUACUGUGACUCAGUAUAUUUCAGAUAUAUUUUUUCUUCAUGUAAUGUCAAAACAGUUCAAAUGCUAACAUUCAUAGAAGAUGUGUGUCUUACCAGUUCAGUGACUACUAAUAAGAAUUAGUUCCUAAUUGUUGGAGGUAAACAGCCAAUCAGUGUCAUUCAGGUCAUAAAUAGCAGUUUGACAGCCCGUGUCAGAAACUAACUGUCCUCAUUUCACAGUCUUAUGUCAUCUCGUGUGUCGCCUCAGUCUGUGAUGCUAAUGUCAUAACAGCACAUGUUGUUUCCACGUUUAACAGCGCUCUUUAAUUCUGUUUCGUUAAUCACUUUCUACUGAACAAAUGCAGAGUGAGCUGUGGGGCGGCAGCUAGCUCACACGGCUGGUACUUAAAUGAGCUGAUUGACUAGUUAAAGUUUUAGUCUCAGAAAGAGGCCAAGUUUUUAUCACUUCACACCUGCGCUCGUGCUGGAUGUUCAACAAUAGUGUAAUCACUAACUGACGUUUAGGUUUACAUUUUUAAUUGUUUAUUCCUGUUCAUGUACAGUGUUAAACAUGCCUUGUAUUAUAAUAGUUUACUCGAGGUUGUAGACCAUUUGUAAUGAUUUUCAAAUGAUGAUCCACCUUGUCCUUUUGCUGGUAUUAGUUCUGGUGUUUAUAUCUUUUGUAAGUACGUCUUCAGAAUAUUUGACCUUUACACUGUAUGAUACCAAAUCACAGCUGAGACAAAGUGCUGCACUGUAUCUAUGGAAUGUCAACAGUCAGAAACACUUGUCAGUUUUCAUUUUUCAUGAAUGUUGCACCACUCAGAAACACAAUUUGUUACUUGCCAAUAUUUUUCUGCUGCUGCGAAAGUAGUUAUUUCAUCUGAAGGUAUGUAAUCUCUUUUUGGACUUGAAGCCAAGAUCUCUUGUUACUGAAUGUAUUCUGGUCGGCUUUGAAAUACAUACAAUGAAAUGUAUAAUAAUAUACAGUACACUAACAAGGCCAUUGAACCUCGCUUGCCUUUUAAAGUAUUUGGUGUAUCCAAAGAGAUCAUUUCACUUAGGUGAUUCUUUUCCCCUUCCUUCUUUCUAUUAGUCUGACAAAACUCAGACUUAUUGUGGAUGUGUGAUGAUGUGACACAGAUGUUGGGUAAAUUCUUUUGUACUGGAAAAAUGUUAACUGAUUUGCAUAUUUUUUGUCAAGCCAAAAAUGUUGGAAUCAGUACAUAAAAUGAUGGGUAUGAAGUGACGCUAAUUAAGAAGAUAUGUGGAAAAGAAUGUUUUCCAUUAGGAAAAGCUUCUCACUGAUUGCCUUCCGACUUGUGCUGAAGUGUAAACUCUCCGUCUCCUCAAGUUACAGGCUUUACCAACAGCUUUAACUAGUCUGGAUUGGUAGUUAGCCACUUGUUCCUGGACCUUGCCGAGCUCUUAAUACUUCCAUUGUACAUACUGUACAGUCACUUUGUAAUAUCACUUCACCUCCCUUGACUUUUUUGCACAUUUUGUUGUGCUGCAAAAUGUUUAUAGCAUGCUUCCUGGGGAUUUAUUCUGUCCGAGUUUCAGUCAGUACGAGUUAAGUUGAAAGGAAUUUCAAAAGUGGGAAUAAAAGUGUAAAACUGACUAAAAAUAUUCACCCCGUUUUUCAUUAGAGCUAAACUGGCAUUGGCAAACUGAUUUAAUUGUGAUAGUAGACAUGCUAAUGGUUUUUCUUUCUCAGGCCUUUUUGUAGCUAUAGAUAAUUUAUCUUUGCUAGCAAAAUGCGUGGAUUGGUGUUUUGGUGUAGGUCAUAUUGUGUGACAACUCGUACAGAGUGUGGAACAGGUGAUUUAUACAUUGUUCUCCAAUGUGCCCUAAAGCCUCAUUGCUUUGCUUGAAUGAUGAAACAACAAAAGAUAAGGUCUUCAGAAAUGCUGAAUUUCAUUUGGACCCUGAGGUUAUUUAGUUCAAAUGCAAUGAGAGGUUUGUAGUUCAAAUUAAUUAAUUUUGGCUGUCAUAUUUUCUUUUAGCUUGAUUGCUACAUUUGCUUUAUGCUUUAAUAUAAUUUGGUGCUUUGCUAGAUGUCAGACUAAAACACAAAUCUAAAUGAAAAGCAUUUUCAAAUCAUUCUGUACCACAACAGUGUAAAGGGGCACAUUGCAAAAAUCCCUGCAUCAUUAUUAUACUUCUUCCUUCCCACUUUGCAUAAUAUUUGUCAUCCAAUUAAUGCCAGUGUUUGAAUAUGCAAAGCACUCAGAAUGCUUAGAGGCAAAAUUUCCUAUAUCAUUUGGCCACGGCCUUUGUCGUGAUUUAAGAUUAUAUGGAAUGUUUUGCACAUGCAUUAAAGUGUGUUCUAGGUGUCGUAGGUGAAUGUCCACCCCAUUACAAAAAAGAGUGGAUUUUUUUUUUUUUUCCAUGUUGACGAAGCAUGCAUUGAACCUUUUGAUGAAGAUGACAUAAAGCUCAAGUCGCAUCUCACAAUCCUCCUCUGGCAGUCUUUUAAGUCUUCUACUGAUAAUAUGAUGCUGCUUGCCAUAGGCCACAUACAGCUGCCAGACACUAAGACUUAAGCUCCCGCUAAAUCCCCUGACGGUGCUUGUAAUGUGGCACACAGUUUUGAAGGAAAUGAUGACUGUGUUUAUAAAAGAUCUCGCCAGUUAGCAAAGCUUCAUUGAGUUUACAGAAUUGUGUGGAGGGUGGUGUACAGAGGCCAGCACAAUUAAAAAUAAUAUGAGUUGAGUUUAGUGCCCUAACAUGGUGGGGACCUUAAAGGAAAUUUUGAUACUAACAUGCUGGUCUACUUGUGGAGCUACUUGAUGUGUGCUGGGCCUUGCGGUUCAUUCAGGCACAUGCCUCGAAUGUAACAAGAUAAGGUAAAUGGUCGUGUUUGAAUUCGUCAUCUCUGCAUGUCAAUCACGUUUAUGUAACUCUUUACAUUAUUGCCAAAUUCUAUGGUAUUUUCCUGAUCCAGACACCAUUAAUUCCACUAGAUUGGGUUCAUUUUCAUUCAUCACACAACCUUAUUGUAAUGUGUUAUUAUAUUAUAUUAUAUUAUAAUACUACAGAAUUGAGUGUAUGUUGGUCAAAAAAUGUCCUUUCAUCGGAGAAGGCAGAUGAGUUUGUUUGUUUUAAUAUUUCACAUAAUAGCCAAUAUGCAAGACUUUCAUACCUGGAUGUGUGGGGACACGAAUGUAUGUUUUGUUUUGUUUUUUUAAAUAAUUGUAGCUCUGGAAACACAUUGGGGUCUAGAAGAUGUAUUAUGAUAACAGUAUAAUGUUAAUUCUGACUAUAUGUAAAGUGCCAACACAUACACUAAUUCAGUUUGAUGAUGCAUUUCUUAAUAAUGACCCUUUUUCCACGUACUACAGUUUCAAUCAUGAACUUUUAGAUAUUAUCAUCACCGUCAUUAUAAUCAAAUCCCGAUGUUCUACUGGCUGUAGUUUGAAAGGCACAAGCAAGGUUGAUUGUAUUGUCCUUUUCAAUAAACUCACUCUAAA